AUGGCACGCUCGCUCUACUUGCGGCUGGCCCUGGCCCUGGCGGCUGCUGUGCCCACGAGCCUCCUCUACCUCUCCACCGUAAUCGACCUCCCGUUCCAUCUCCUGACCACAGCUGGUGGCGGCUACGGCGACGAGGUGGCGACCGUGGUCGUUGACGAUGUGCUCUACGUGGCCUGCGCCGUCUACGCCAUGGCGGGCCUCAUGGCCUGGACCUGGCUCGCGGGCAACCGCGCCCUCGCCCGCCACUUCUUCACACUGCCGCGGCUGGCCAGCCUGGGCCGGCCACUCACCGUCUUCUUCCUCGCGCUCCUGCCCGCCGUGCUGGUCGCCGCCCAGGUGGUCCAGGACGCCGGCCGCUACCACGCCCUGGUGGUCGACCACGAGGUGUCGCUCGAGGCGCUGCUCUUCGUGUGGUUCGGCGUGGCGCUCCAGGUGCAGCUCUACGCGUUCGAGCUCGGGCAGGACCGCCAGCGCUACACCCGCAAGCUCUACUUCCUCUACACCCCAACACCAACGCCAACGCCAACGCCAUCGUCAUCUGCCUCUACAACGACGGCACCAGGAGAUACGGCAGCGAUGGUGGGAGAUGAAGCUGCUGAGGAGAACAUGGCCAAGAAGAAGGCCUACGAGCUGUCGAUGGACCCGACCUAUGCGGGCUUCACCAAGUCGGUCAUGUCCAUCAACGAUUUCAACGCAAACGCGUUCGUGCGCGAGGGCGCGAUUGCGGUCAUCUUCGUGGUCGACCCGUUCGCCUUCCCCCAAGGCGUGGGUCACGAUGAGAUGACCCUGUGGCUGAGCGAGGAGGCGACGCUUCGCGUUUCCGAGUCUGCCGAUGUCGGUCCGCGUAAGAACAUUGUUUACACGCCCGAAGGAACACGACGCAUCGCAUUCCUGCGUGUCAAGUUCUCGGUCUACGCUGUCCUGCCGCAGAACGCCGCUACGCUGCCUCCCCCGCCUGCCGACAUCCCGCGAUACAUCGAUGAGUGGCUCAGCCAAUUCGGUGCCAGCAGGCUUCUGCCCCUUUGCGUCGGUGAGAGCGACGAGGAGUUCAGAAGGUGGCAGACCGAGUUGGGACACACGAUCGGAGGCGCGGUGGUGAACCCCAACGCCAAGUCGCCUCUCGUGCGCAAGCGCAUCAAUGAGCCCUACAUGGGAUGGUUUGAUUUCCUGCGUUGGCUGGACACCUGUUCCGACCCCCAGUGCGCCCGCUACCAUCGCUACGAGGUCGAGAAGCUCCGCGAGCGGCCGUCCUCGCUGGUGCCGCGCUUCGUGGACUACGUGUGGUGGUUCCUCGCGGCCAGCCACGGCCCUCGGCAGCUCGAGCGUCGCUACGAGAUCUUCAGCGGCCGCUUCAACCGCCGCCUGGCCUCCACAUCGCUCGCCACCAUCGCCGCAUGCCUGGCCGUCUUCCUCCCGCUGCGCCUGCACUACUACCCGGCCAUUAACCAGGUGGCCUUCUUCGCUGCCUUCACGGGCGUCGGGUGUCUGCUCUACGUGGCGUGGGCCGUCGUGGCCGAGCGCCUGCACCGACACGGCGCAGCCGCCGCAGUUGGAGCUGGCGGCGCCAAGGGAACCGAGGAGAAGGGGCUGAGGGUGGAGGGCCUGACCGUGCCAACGACCGACGACGGCGCGGCUCUGCUGCCUCACUCCGACCGAGUGGGUCUCAACGACGUCUCACAAGCGUCACCGAGCGGUGGCACGGUGCUGCCGGCCAAGUAUCACUUCCACACCAACGUGGCGCACUACCACCAGGAGGUGCGCGAUAAGGGCGAGGGGCAUCACACUGACGGCGACACCGAGAUGGACCCGGCGAGCGCCGUCGCCAACCCCUACAGCCCGCUGCCCGACUCCGCGCCGCUCCUGCGCGUGCCCUACACCUGCCCGCUGUUCGACAUCGUCAAGGGUCUUGAUGAUCCGACGUACCUGUUCGGCGGCGAAGGCGAUCUGCUGUUCGACGAGGACUAUGAGCAAAACGACGUGAUGUUGCCGCCGGUGUUUGGUGGAGAGAAGGACCGGGUGAGGUGGCAGCCAGAGGGGAAGGACGAGGACUACGCCGUUCAUUUCGGCUCCUCCAAGGCCAAGGAGACCAGCCCCGGGCAGCUCAGCGACGAGUUGCUCAUCGUCAACCCCACAUUCGAGUUUCAAGCCGAGACAACAGUUCCCUACUUUUGCAUCUGGACAGAAGAAUUCCUCCACAAGCACCUCAAGGGCGAGCCCAUCGUAAUGGUGACGAUGCCCGGCACGGGCCUCCCGCUGCCCUACCAGCUGAGCUCAGCCAAGGAGCGCGCCGAGCGCCAGCUCGAGGCUUCCGGCAGCAGCGGCGCGGGCGCCCUCGUCGACGCGAGGACGGAUGAAGACAGGCAAGACGAGGAGCGAGCGGCCGCUCUGAUGCGGCUCUUCGCCUCCUUCAAGCCCGGCCUCCCCAUCCCUCGCGAACUGCUCGACCACGACACAGCCCUCGUCCAAAAGUUGAUCCAGAGCGAGAUCGUGGUGUCGGAGGGGUACUGGCGCAAGCGGGCUGCCUAUUUCAAGCAGCAGAACGAGCGCGCCCGACACGAGCUACGGACCGUGGGCUACACCAUCCUCCGCAACCUUUUGCCCAAGCGACACCUUCACUUCCUGCGGCGGUACUACCGACGGCUCUUCCAGGCCCUGGGCGGCCAACCAGCGGCGGACAAGUACCAGAUGCAGAAGACGCAGUGGAACGACGAACCCAGCUCGCGAUUCAUCAACCACUACCUCACCGGCAUGAUGCACGACCUGGUCCAGGAGCCGGUGCUUCAUCCCGGUCUGGCCCUCUCCAUCUGGAUCUUGAAGGGACAUGGAUUCCCGUUGCAUCGGGAUUCGGUGCCGCCGUUCGACCUCACGCUCGAUUUCGUGCUCGACCACGUCGGCCCCCAGCCGCGGCCGGUCACGUUCAUCAGACGACGACGCGGGGCGCUGGGCAGCCUACUGCCCGGCGUCGAAGAGAUGACCCUCUCCCUCUCCGUCGGCGAGGCCGUUCUCUUCCGAGGAUCGGAGAUGCCACACUUUGGCGGCGACCUCGGCGAGGGCAACUAUCACAACGUGCUCCUGUGGACGUGGUCCUACGUCCGCGACUGA